CCAUUAUCCAUCUCGUUAUCCCCAACCCAUCCCCGAACCACAGCGCGAGGCAAGGCCAUGGCUUCCACCCUGGGCGCCACCGCGCUGUCCUCCGUAGCCGCCCGCUUCUCUCUCCCCCGCCGAACCCCAAUUGCCGCUCUCUCCUCUAAGCUUCGGCCCCUCUCUCUUCCCUCCACCGAGGUCUCCUCCUCUCCGACCCCUCUCCUCCCCCUUCGUCCUCCGUCUACUGGUACUCGUGUAACCCGCAAAUGGAAACUAUGCGCGGCUUCCGACGAGACCUUGGAGCCCGAGGAGGCUCCGCCGGCGGUGCCAGAGCCCGUCGAGGAACAGUUAGCUGCUUCGACCGCCACCGAGGCUGCCAAGGGGGAAGACGUCUUCGCAGUCGUAAUGGUCGGCUCGCGGCAAUACAUUGUUUUUCCUGGACGGUUCAUCUAUACCCAGAGGUUGAAAGAUGCCAAUGUCGAUGAUAAGAUUAUUCUAAACAAAGUAUUGUUGGUUGGAACUCGAACGAAGGCAUAUAUUGGACAGCCAGUUGUGACUAAUGCGGCUGUACAUGCUGUUGUUGAAGAACAGGGGUUAGAUCGUAAAGUUAUUGUUUUCAAGUACAAGAAGAAAAAGAAUUAUCGCCGCAACAUUGGUCACCGACAGCCAAGAACACGGAUAAGAAUAACCGGCAUUACAGGAUAUCAAGACUUCCCUGCUGAAACUAUGCCCAAGACAUUUCCUGCAUAAUGUGGCAGGGAUAUAGGGCACCAGGCCCAUCACACAAGACUCAUCAUUUGAAGUUGGAUGCUAGAAUUUGUCGUUGCUUGUAAUCUUUCUGUGAGGUUCUCUCGGUUGCAGAUGUUUUACAGAUCAAACUGCUUGCACUUUUGUAGCCAUAAAGGAUCGAAAAUGUCCAAUCCAUAUGCUACAGAAGAGCUAGUUCACGACUCGUGCGUCCAGGCACUCCUUUUGCUGAUAGUGAACUGUUGAUCUAAAAUCUGGUGUUUACAAAAUCAGCUUUUUAAUGGUGCUGAAUAACUCCAAAAUUUGUUGGAAAACUAAGACUUUAACAGCAACCUUGGCUGUUUCUUUUCCUAUUCA